UUGCCAAAAAAAAAAAACAAAAUUUGUUUACAACGUGUCUACAAGUCUACCGCAUAAUAAUUAUGUAAAUAAUUAAAUAAUUAUUUAAGUAUUAAUUAAUAAAAAUGAUACGACAUAUAUUUAUAAUUAUUUUUAUUUAUUUACUACAAAACUCAUCGGCCUUUAGUAAUAAUUACUACAAUGAUUCAUUCGACGAAGAAUUAUUUAUAAAACCACUGCCAAGUGGUCAUGUGUACGCUUAUUUUCAAUUUACAACUCUAUGGCAUAUACCAAAGGAUCCAGAGCAUCUUCAUCACUCCCAUUUAUUUCCAAGAGGUCUAGCAGUUUUGAUAGCACGACACAAUGUUGAUGAAUUGCAUAUUAGUUUGACCUCUGGACUGUGGAAGUAUCAGAAAUGGGGAUAUCCAGUUUAUGACGCUGGUGCUGGUGCUGAAAUAUGGGCUUGGUUCAAUGAAGACGUUCAAGACGUCAACGAAGCUUGGAAGGGCCUAACAAAUGCAUUAUCAGGAUUAUUAUGCGCUUCUCUCAAUUUUGUUGAUCCAUCAAACAGUUUAUCACCAGAGUAUAGUUUCCGACCGACGGGUGUCCAUGAAAAAUCACCGAAUUCUAGUCACUUGAGAUACUCGUCACUACCACGCGAAAUUGUUUGCACGGAAAAUUUAACACCAUUUAAAAAAUUGUUACCAUGUGAUUCCAAGAAGGGUCUGGCGACAUUACUAAACUCAGCUUAUAUCCACAACACAAAUUACCAUUCAAUAGGUAUCCAUUUCCGUACAGUCUGUCGCAACCCAUCAUGCACGCUGUCGUCUCUAGAGCUGCGGCAAACGAUAUCGCUGGUGUACGACGCAAUGGCUGAUGAAAAUCAGGACUGGUCGCUGAGAAAACUCUUUGGCAUGGGUCUACAAGGGGUUUGUCCUCUGGCCACCCUGAGUAAUAUCUACAUUGACACAUCUACUAAUAAAACUGUUCAUACUUAUCAACUGACACCUCCACCGACUGCGACGAUUCUCAGUCUCCGAGGUGGACAGCAAGAUAAAAUAGCCGUCUACGACAACAGAGUACAUACUGCCAGAGGAAUUUUUAACAUCGCCGCCAUACAUAAUAAACUACGAACUAAUUUUAUUAAUUAUCCGUCCAUUCUUUCUGCCAACAGAUACAUUAUCGGAUAUGGUCAAGAAAAAGGCAGUCUAGUUACUAAAUUAUUUAAUAACCACUGGCAACCAAUUGAUGUAAUUUUACUUGAAAAUAUCCCCUGGUAUUUAUCUGUUUAUUUACAUACCAUGAAAAUUACGCGUGGUAAUGAAAUUAUAAAACCAUUACUUCUUCGAUAUUUACCUGGUAGAGAACGUCAGCAGCCGUAUUACCUCGAGUUAAUAAUUCGAUUGCCGCCUCAUUCAGUAACUAAAUUUUCGAUUCAAAUGGAAUAUCUAUUUUUAAAAUGGCAAGAGUACCCGCCUGAUGCUAAUCACGGUUUUUAUAUGGGCCCAGCCAUAAUCACUGCAUUAUUACCAAUAGCUAGAAAUUACACAGGGCUGCCUGUUGACGGAAGUACAAUUACCUCAAGCUUCAAUGCAUCACGCGAUGGCUACUUGGUUCAAUUACGAACAGAAACAAUUUUAAUCAGCUUACCAACUCCUGAUUUCAGUAUGCCCUACAAUGUUAUUUGCUUAGCAUGCACUGCAGUUGCACUUGCAUUCGGUCCCUUGCAUAAUAUUUCAACUAAAAGACUUGUUUUGAAAACAAAUAGUAAAGAAGGAUGGAAAGACAAAGUUAGCAAUGCAGUAAAAUCGAUAUUAUCGAAGUUCAAAUCAGAGAAGAAGCAAAAGGAAGAAUAGAUUUUUUUUUUACUUUAAAAUAAUUUAAAUAGAUCAAUUAUUUAAACAAUUAAUUAAAUUUCAUUUCAUUAAAAAAACUUUUACAUUUAA